GUGAAGAGACAGUUACAGCUGGCACAGCUAAUUAGCUGCUGUUGCUCAAACUUCCAUGAAGAAGAAGACAAAACAAGUGUAAAAGUAUUCAUCAAAGAAUCCAAGGCAUUUCUAAGUGAUUCAUCUGGAUUAAACAGUGCCUGAAUUUCACUUGUCUGCAAGUACUUUGGCCAAUAUGUCGGAACAGAGCUGUAGAGGAACAAAUCAUGAAAAUAUUGUUACAAGAGUAGCUGGACUUCCUUUUGUGAACUCGGCAUAUCAGCUGCUUUCUACAAUGUACAUGGAUGUCAAGAAGACAAACCCUUUAGUAAAAUCUGCCUUUGGCUUAGCAGAAAGAGGCAUGAAAAGAGUGGCUGAAGAAGCAGUGAAGACAGUUGCUCCCAUGAUUCAGAGGCUGGAACCACAGUUUGAAAUAGUGAAUAACUAUGCACUGAGCAAACUGGAUCAACUGGAGGAGAAAUAUGCAUUUCUUAAUCAGCCAGCAGAUGAGGUGGCUUCUGAUUUGAAAGAAUUUCUUGUGGCAAGCUUAGAUGACUUCCAGCACUUGGUGAGAGAUGGCAUUGAUAAUGUUAAAUUCAAGACUACCAUGGCUAUGGAGGACACAAAGACAGUGCUCAUUGCCCAAGCAACUACCUUCAUCAACACCACAGCUGGACAGACCCUGAUGUUUGGGAUUGAGAUUGCACUGUCACAGUCAGAGAGUUUCAUUGACAAGUACCUGUCUGUGUUAGGUGAGACAUCUGCAGAAAACUAUAAUAUUCAUCCCACUGAUGAAGAUGCUGGCAGACAACCAAGCUACUACAGAAGACUUGAGAUGAUUUCCACUAAGCUGAGCUUGUUUUCAUACCAAUGGAUAGUAGCUUAUGGUCGUGGAACUUGGGAACAGGCAAUGCAUGUUAUUCUCAGAAUUCUGGAGGUUGCUGUGGAGCUAAAGAGAAAGGCACUUGAACUGCUUUACUACAUGGUGCAAACAGCUUCCACCACUAGGCCUAUGACAUACUUCAUCUUCAUGUCUAACUAUGCAGUUAAUCAGGUCUAUGGAAUGACUGUCAUUCUGAAAGACAUAACUGAGAUUGUCCUGGAAGUUGUAAUUAACAAUACAUCUCUGUAUUACCUGAUAAAUCCUAGAAAUGAAAGAGAAGAAAGUUCAAGAAAAAGGAUGUACAUUAUGGAGCAGUCAAUCAGAAGUGGUCAAGAAAGAAAAGCUUUACCUGAAGGAGCCAAAGAAAGACGACGGAGUCAUGAAGAUGUAGUCAGAGGUGGGGAUACCUUUAAAGAAAUAUCUAGAGUCAAAGCUUUAUCUGAAAGGGCCACAGAAAGAAGGCAAAGUCAUGAAGGUCUCCUCACAGAUAAAGAUAUCUUUAAGGAAGCAUUUGCAGUUAAAUCUUCAGGUAGAAGAAUGGAAGAGACUGAAAGUAUGCAUUUGCAUGAAGGCUCUUUAAAGGAAAGUAUUAAAGUGAAUGUCAGUGCCAAAAAAUUAAAAGACACCCAAGAAAUAACUUCUGCAGGGCAUGCUGUUAAGAGUGUCUACAUUAGAAAAUCAUUAAGUAAACAAAUGGAAGAUCCGAAGACAGAGAAUGCUCUAUCUAUGAAAGAGAGAGUUAAAAGAUACUCCAAGGAAAUACCCGCCGAUUAUCAAAUGGAAGACAUUACUCUAUCUCUCAGACCAACUCCUGUAUUUGCAGGGAAAAGGUAUUUGCACAUGGACGUCAAAACAGACCAUGAAGAAACAACAUUCCCAUUAGUGAAAGAAGACGAAGACCCGCCCACCCAUAAAGUAAAUGAUGAUGAAACAAGCCAGUCAUGUGCAAGCUCAAGAAGGAAGGAGACUCCGGCCAGUUAGAUGAGCAUAUAUUAAUUUUUGCAGAGUUUGUAAGUCCAAUUAUAUACCUGUUUGAUAUUUAUGACAAUGGAUAUACUAAUAGGCACAAGACAA